CAUUCUUCUUUCAAGGUUUCAUUUUUCAACCCCUGAACCCUACUAACUGGCAACACUUCACAGCUCCACACCGGUCCAAAUAUCAGUCCCACCGGCAUGAAAAAUUCCGGUCGGAAUAUCAUUAAAUCAAUAAACCCAUAAACCUCAACACAAAACCCACAAAAUCUAACCCACCCACUUAAAAUUUCUCCUGCAAAAUGCUGCUUUUAUAAUAGAUUUUAGCCAUGGCGUGGGGUUGCCGAUGAACCUCUCAUUAUUCAAAACCCGACCUUUUAGGGUUCGAGCCUCCAAAAUAAUCACCACCCAUUUUCAUAAUUACACCACAGGAGGAGGAUUACACCCAAUUAAGGGUGAUAAAGAGGAAUUAAUAAAGAAUCAAGAAGCUUGGUUUGUUAAAAUUAUAGCCACCAUUUUUGUCACUUCACAUUGCUUGGAUUCAUCUUGUUUAAGGUAUAUAUCUGAAAAUUUGAAGAGCCCUUUGAUUGCUUUUGAGGUAAUUAAGUGGUUUUCUAAGUACCCAUUAGUUGGUUUGAAGUUUUUGGAGUUUAGUAGAGUGAAAUUGAAUCUUGUUCAUUGUUUUUUGGCUUACGAAUCGCUUAUAAGAUCGUGUUGUGCAAUGGGGUUUCAUGAUUUGGUAGAGAUUGUUGUUGAUCAUAUGAGAAGUGAUGGGCAUUUGUUUGAUAGUGAGCUUUUAGGAUUCUUGGUUUUUUCAUUUGUGAAAGUGGGGAAGUUUGAUUUUGUUGAGAGAUUACUUGCUCGGGUUGAGGAGGUUCGGAUUAGUUCUUAUAUGUAUAAUUACUUGUUGAAUGAGUUGGUUGGUGGAAAUAGAGUGCAUGAGGCUGUUAACUUGUUUAAAGAGCAAUUGGCAUUGCAUUCUCCUCCGGAUACUUGUACAUUUAAUAUUCUUAUUCGAGGUCUUUGCAAAGCAGGGGAAGUCGAAAAGGGAUAUGAAUUAUUCCGUGAUAUGCGCAGUUUUGGUUGUUUACCUGAUGUUGUUUCUUAUAACACUCUUAUAAGUGGAUUAUGUAGGUCGAAUAAGUUAGAUAGAAUAGAUAGAGCGUUUGAUUUAUUGAAGGAGGUUCAAUCUAUAAAUGAUUGUUCACCAGAUGUUUGGACUUAUACAUCUAUUAUAUCUGGCUUUUGCAAGCUGGGUGAGCUCGAGAAAGCCUCUGUGCUUUUUGAGGAAAUGAUUAGAUUCGGGAUUGCACCGACUGUAGUUACGUUUAAUGUUCUUAUUGAUGGGUUUGGUAAGAUUGGAAACAUGGUUGCAGCAGAAGCCAUGCAUGAAAAGAUGUUUUCUUUUAGUUGCUCGCCUGAUGUAGUUACUUUUACUUCCUUGAUUUACGGUUAUACUAGAGCAGGAGCAGUUCACAUGGGUUUGAAGCUUUGGGAUGUCAUGAGAUCGAGAAAUGUAUCUCCAAAUGUUUAUACUUUUGCAGUUCUUAUCCAUGCUCUCUGCAAGGAGAACAGGAUUAAUGAAGCUCGUGACCUUUUGACGCAACUGAAGUUUAGUAAUGUCUUUCCGAAACCCUUUAUAUACAACCCUGUGAUUGAUGGGUUCUGCAAGUGUGGGAAUGUGGAUGAGGCAAAUGUAAUUGUGAGAGAAAUGGAGGAGAAGAGAUGCGAACCCGAUAAAGUAACAUUUACCAUUUUGAUUAUUGGGCACUGUAUGAAAGGAAGAACAGUUGAAGCAAUUGAUAUUUUCAAGAAGAUGGUAGCAAUUGGUUGUGCCCCGGAUAACAUUACUAUUAGUUCAUUAGUAGCUUGCCUUCUCAAAGCUGGGAAGCCGAAUGAAGCGUUUCAAAUUAUGAGAACGACAUCAGAGGAUUUCAACUUGAGUUGUUCAUCUUUUAGAAAAACAUUUUAUAUGAGACCAAAGACAGAUAUUCCAGUAGCUGCAUGAGUGAAGAGUUUUCACACCAUUGGAAUAUGUUUUGGACCCAUAAGCAAGGUCCUGGCAUCACAUGCAUCUCCAACUCUUAGCACAACUACCAGAGACUCGCAGACAGUGCAAGAAGUGCUGAGAUUGGCUCGGAGACCGCUACUUUAAUCAUGUAUAGUACCUCUGUUCGGAUCCCAACUGCAACGAACUCUAAAGAGAAAGAUAGAAAUGACUUUUCAGAAGAUAUUGCUUCAAAAAGUGAGAAUGGGGAUUGAUAAACAAAGCAUGUUCACUUGGCAUUGAUGUCUUGAGGCUUCUUCCCUGUCACUGUUCAUCUUUGGUUAUCAUUUUUCAUUAGCAGAGUUAGUUUAAAGAAAAUGCUUGAGAAAUCAAGUUUUUGGGUUA